AUGGAAGAAGACCAGUCGGCACAGAGCAGAACAGAGUUGUAUUCGCGAUUGGAGAAGGUGCUGGGUGCUGGGUCCAGGUACAAAAUCCACCAUCUCUCGACGCGGCCGACCAAGUCAGACGCUCUGUUCGCUGCUGCCCCGGCUACGAGGCCUCAGCGCACCAAAUGCGAAUCGCACUUUCUCACUCUCGCUGUCGCUUCUCCUUCCUCCUCAACCAACUCGCAGACCCAAUCCGGCCAUGUCUUCGCCUUCGCCAUUGAAGUCCUCGUCUACACAACUUCUUCCCUGACGACGCUAUUCGUCUCCAAGGCCGACUCGACUGGUUAUCUAUCCUCGUCGCCUACAAAAUCAUCCCUGUCGCCUAUCCGUCCACUUACUUCGACUUUUAUAACAUGGCUCGCUGAGUCCAGACAAAGACCCGGCAUACCGCUUGUCGUUUCGCUCUUCGCCAGAGCCCAAGAUCAGUACCUCUUUCCUGGCAGUGUUGAUCACGGCGCAAAGCAUGUCUUGGAUGACCGCCAACUUGUCAAGUGGUGGUGCAAGACCCUCGAUCCUGUCCUGAGACAUGACACUGCCGAUCAAGCUUACACCACUCGCGCCCAUGUCAUUGUACCCGGCUUCGAUUCAUACGAGACCACUCAAUUCUUCCCUCCUUCGUACCGCUCCGAUCCACCCGACAAUCGCAAAUGGCGACACGGCCAUCCGCUUCUCGACAUCGCCCCUUACCCCUCCGCACCGCCCCGCUGUCUCGUACCACACUUUCCUGACGACCCCAAAGCACGCUACCUCGACGAACUCGACGCCGAAAUACCCGAUUCGCAACCUUCCCAAUCCUGGUUUUCGCCAUCUAAGAAAGGCAACGGCAUGUGGAAGAGCAUAAGGACUUUGGAUCAGUUUUGGGAUACAAUGGCUUUUAGACAAGAGUGUUCUUCUGGACGCAUGGUCGGUUUUAUCUGGCUAGUCUUCACACCGACACAGCCCACCAUCCAGUCGUUAGAAGACUCUGUCACAAAUCUCACUCCAGCGACUUCGUUCAAUGCAGACGAUUUGCUUGGAGCAGACCAGAUCUUCUCAAGCCAGGAGAGCCUAGGCCAAGCUGCUGAGGUCAAAAAGUCGAGUCCGCGAAAGAGUGCGAGGAGGAAGAAACUGACAGGUCCAAUCAUACCUCGACAACCCAAGAUCAAAUCGACUUCUUCGAAUUUGUCGUCGAAGUCGUUCAAGGCAGCUAGUAAGGAGUGGCCAGAGAGGGGCCGUGGUCAGAUCUUGUUAGAUCAUGCAUCUUACACCAGAGUGCAUGAUUUGCUAUUACGGCUCGACUUCCAGGACAUUGGUGCUGCGACGAGUAGUACGCGGAAAUGGCUCGGCGAAGUCACCGCAAUCACAACUCCUACUUCAGACUGGGGUAAAGAAGUAGUCGGCGCGCAUGAAAUCGCAGAAAAGAAGUCUAUCGCUGAAGGAGCGCUACCAUCAGUACCUGGUCAAGUCAACGAUUUGUCUAGCAUGUUGGUUCGCAAGAAGAGAAAGAACGCUGAUGAUGGGGCCCAAGCACCGGCCCCUGCAGAAGCACCAGCGGUCAAUGUCCUGGGUGCUAACAUGAUUCGCAAAAAGCCAAAGGUCAACAAGCCAUGA